AUGGAUACCCCUUCUCAGUUAGUAGCAAUCUCAGGAAUUCUGGGGUUGGUUUUGUUGUAUGGUGUAUGGAGAGUUAUGACUCUUGCUGGGAAGAGCAAGGGCAGGUCAGCCCCAGAGCCAUCUGGUGCCUGGCCAUUUCUAGGUCACCUUCCUCUACUACGAGGCCAAACCCCAAUAUUCCGAACCCUUGGAGCCAUGGCUGAUAAGCACGGCCCCGUCUUCAUGAUCCGCCUUGGAGUGCACCGCGCACUUGUGGUGAGCAGUCGUGAGGCUGUUAAAGAAUGCUUCACCACUAAUGAUAAGGUCUUUGCCUCACGCCCAAGUUCCAGUGCAGGAAAGCUCUUAGGAUACAACUACGCUGGAUUUGGUUUCGCCCCUUAUGGAGCCCUUUGGCGUGAGAUGCGCAAGCUGUCCAUGAUGGAAAUCCUCUCAGCCCGUCCCCUCGAUGCAUUAAAGCAUGUGCAGAUUUCGGAAUUGGAUCUUUCCAUUAAAGAUUUGUACUCACUUGGAAAAGGCAGCGACUAG